AUGCAAACAUUGGGCUUUAUUUUCAACUUCAUUGUGUUACUUGUUUACGCUAAUGGCACCAAUAAUCUAAAUAAUUCUACCAAAAUCGGGCCUACCACCAGAAUAAUCGGCGGUAUUGGAGCUCCUGCUUCCCGAUUUCCAUACUCUGCAGCCAUUUAUCAAACUACAGCAGAUGGAACAUACUUUUGUGGAGGAGCUCUAAUCAAUGAUCAGUGGGUUCUUACAGCUGGACACUGCGUUGCAAAUUCUAUAGAAUUCAUCGUACAGUUAGGUUCAGUUAAAUUAAGAGAAGCGGAUCCAAAUCGACUUCUACUGUCUACAGAUAUAUAUGUGGUUCAUCCUGAUUAUAAUCCCAACACAUUAGAGAACGAUAUUGGUCUUAUCAAAUUUCGUUUGCCUAUAACAUUUACAGAUUAUAUUCAACCUGUACCUUUUGCUUCUAACAAUUUUGAUACAAGUGCACCCGGAAUUGCAAUAGGUUGGGGCCAAAGAAGCGACUCCGAUCCUAAUCUAGUUGAACACCUUCAGUAUGUUUAUCUCGCAAGUAUAAGCAAUGUUGAGUGUACAGCAAUUUUUGGACAACAGAUUAAAGACAGCAUGUUGUGUGUGGAUGGAAAUUAUAAUCAAGGAUUUUGUCUAGGAGACACUGGAGGCCCUUUGGUUCAACAUGCCGCGAGUGGUGGUGAAGAACACGUUGGUAUUGCGAGCUUCAUAAGUCAAAAUGGGUGCGAAAGUACAGAUCCUUCGGGCUAUACUAGAACGUUCUUUUAUCAUGACUGGAUUGAGAAUGUUGUGAAUACUAUGUGA